UUUUAAUUAUAAAGAGUCAUUGCCAACUUAACAACUGCGAACGACGAACAAUGUCAAAUUUGACGCGUCUGUAUUGUUGACCAAUAUUUAAAUUUCUUUAAAUACGUUGUCUUUCCGAAAAUGGGUACCCAUCUGCAUAAUCAUUAUUACCACUGUUUCCCCUGUGUUGCAACAAUAAUGUUAAUCAAUAAUUCUGAGAUAUUCUCUUAACGAUGCUCGGACGUAACCUCUCGGACAACAAAUUGUCAAACUAGUAGAGCUAGAGGGAGCGGAAAAUUAGUAAAGAAUUCGCAUAUCUCGCAAUUCAAGACGAUCAUUUGGAAAAUUAUUUUCUUAUUGAUGUCCAAAUGGAUGCGCAAACAGAUGUCAGUUUAUUACGACCCCAAAUGGCGUUACGAAACAUGAACUCGGGCAACAUAUUUUACAUGCCCUUAACAUCAUUCGCAGAAAUGUGGUACCAGAUAUUUCUGUGGGCCCUACUUUCCUCCGUAUUCGUGCACACUAUCGCCGGCGCAAUCUGUUUCGCCACGUUGCGACAACACAAAUAUGGCAAAUUCUUUCCGCUGCUCAUUAUAAUAAUGGGCGUACUGUUACCACUGACAUCGGGAGUUGUCAGCUCAGCGGCAGUCGCCUUUGUGUAUAGAGCGUCCGGUUACCAGAUGCCACCCCUGUACGCUAUGUUUUGGGGCAUCGGACAGACUGUGGUGCCGGUGUGUGUUGGAUUCACUCGGAUCUUAGCGACUCUGUAACCCGACGUUACGUGCAUUGCGUUUGUGAUAUUUACACACAUGUAUAUACAAGAAUGGCGAUCAAGUGUCUUCUAAGUUACAUAAGCAAAACUGUGUACAUACAUAGGUAAGUCGAUCGUUUUUAGACAUCUAAUUGCAUCGGCAUUUAUCAUCGGACUGACUGUAGAAAUGCUAGAUUUUAAGUGUCACGAAAGAGAAAUGAAUGUUAGAAAGACUUUGUGAUAAGAGAAGCGGAUGCGGUAUGACGGAAGCAUCGCAAUAUCAAUAAAUUGGUUCUCAGACA